AUGGAAUCAUUGUUGCAGCUCGAGGCCGCCCUGCGAGCUGUCGUGGAAGAGUCCAAGCAACCCAAUAGGGCGGCAGCUUUCGCAUCACUCCGACGAGCAGAGCCAACCAAUGACCCAGCCCUCACAGCAGUGGCCAGUCGUAUAGUUGACCUAGCAUCAGAAGUUACUCAGCUGCUUGAGCCAGCAUAUCUAGCCCUUGUCGAUCAUCUAUUCGGUUACCAGCACACACAAUGUCUUGCAGCGGUAGUAGAACUACGAAUUCCGGACUAUCUGGCAUCUGGUACUCAGACCAUCAAGCAAUUAUCCAUUUCGAGUGGCGCCAGAUGCGACCGGUUGCGUCAGGUCCUACGCUUAUUGUACAAUAACGGUGUUUUCUGCUACGAUGGGGAUACCGACUCUGUGCAAAACAAUGAAGCCUCGGAGAUGCUGAAGCAGGAUCAUUGGACUCAAUGGCAUCGGUGGGCGAGUGUAUGCAGUCAGGAAUUCUAUCAGAUGGCCCAGGGGCUUCCUCAGGCCAUGGCGGACGGUGUGACCCGCUCCCCUGCACAGGUGCAUUAUGGCACAGACGAAAGUAUGUUUAGCUACCUUGAGCGCAAGGGCAUCAUGAUGCGGUUGCGAGAAUGCAUGGGGGCUGCUGCUAUUGCUCAGACUCCCGGCAUGGUCGCCGGGUAUCCAUGGGCUGAGCUGUCUAAUCACACUUUGGUCGAUCUGGGUGGUGGGGAUGGUUCCUUGAUGGCAGGGCUCCUUCGCGCGUUUCCGACCCUCCAAGGUGGAAUCGUGGAUACCCCUCGGGUCCUCCCUUUUCUCCAAGAAGCAUUUCACCAACCGUCCAGCAAAUACGCUGACGUGGCCUUGCGCAUCCCUCCGGAUCGGGUCAUCGCGGGAGACUUUCUUCAGGAAGUUAUCGCGUCCGAAGCGUAUGUGAUGCGCUGGUGUCUGCAUGAUUGGAAUGAUGAGCAGGCAUGUCAGAUCUUACGGAACAUUCGCCGGAGCAUCAUCAACAGCCCCGUCAGUCGCCUAAUUGUGCUAGAGUCGGUGUUGGCUGACGGCCGAUGGGGACGAAUGUCUCGGGUGGGAGACAUUAAUGUGAUGGUGACUGCGGAGCAUGGCCAAGAGCGCACCGAGACGCAAUGGAGACAGUUAGCAGCCUGUACAGGCUGGAAGGUAGUCAGCAUUACUCAACUUCCGGGUGCCUGGCCUUCAGCCAUAGAUAUGCGACCUGUGGAGAGUUUGAAAGUGUGUAACUAA